CGGCCAACUUCGCGUCGCUCGACUCUCGUCUCUUCUUUUCCCGGAAUAACCGCUUCCUCGGCCUAUUCUCGCGCAAAACACAUGCCAAAACCCCGUAGCGUCGUCAUCUGGCCCGGAAAAAUCCUAGCUAAACCUCGUGCGAGCCCUUUGACCGCGUCGUUAUCUCGAGGUGAGAGAACCGAGAGUCCGCGAGAGUGAAAGCGGAACCCGAGCGCAGAGUCGAGGGAGAGGCGUCGCUGCUGUCUUCGAGGCACUUCUCGAAGGUUCCGGAAAGCGCGAGAGCCGAGCUUUGUAUAUAUGGGACGGCAGAGCUGCGCGACCUCUUAGUUUAACGCAAGACGUGAACGAGUGAAGUUGUAUAUACACAUAGAUUGAACAUCAGUGAACGUCCUCAGAAUAGGAGGAUAGCAUUAUAUUUGAUCGAGAAAGACAGAAACAACGGUUUAUACAGUUCUAUUUUUACGAAUAAAAGUGUGAUUUUGUUAACCAUCGACUGAAUAAUUUUGACAACAUCGUAUAGCAGAAACAGUCUGAAAGAUGGGAAAAGACUAUUACAAGAUCCUUGGCAUAGCCAAGGGUGCAAGCGACGACGAGAUAAAAAAGGCCUACCGCAAGCUGGCCCUCAAAUACCAUCCAGACAAGAACCGAGCGGCCGGAGCCGAGGAGAAGUUUAAGGAGAUCGCCGAGGCCUACGAGGUUCUGUCGGACACGAAGAAACGCGAGGUCUACGAUAAGUUCGGCGAGGAAGGCCUCAAGGGCGGAGCCGGUGGCGGUGGUGGCGGUGGUGGCGGCAGCGGUGUUGGCGGCACCACCUACACCUUCCACGGAGAUCCACGUGCCACCUUCGCCCAGUUCUUCGGCACAGCAUCGCCAUUCCAAACGUUCUUCGAGUUCGGAGGCCCAGGUGGCGGUGGCGGUGGUAACCGCAUGUUCUUCCACGACGACGACAUGGAGACCGACGAUCCGUUCGGUCUUGGUCAGGGUAUGAGACAGGGAGGAGGCGGUCCCGGCGGUGCUUUCCGCUCGCACUCGUUCAACUUCGCAGGGCCCACAGGUCGAGUGGCCGGCAAGGAGCGAGCCCAGGACCCGGCUAUCGAGCACGACCUCUACGUCAGUCUCGAGGACAUCCUGAGAGGCUGCACCAAAAAGAUGAAGAUCUCGAGGAGGGUCGUGCAGCCUGAUGGCUCGACCAAGAAAGAGGACAAGGUGCUCACGAUCAACGUCAAGCCCGGUUGGAAAGCUGGCACGAAGAUCACCUUCCAGAAGGAGGGCGACCAGGGCCGAGGAAAAGUGCCCGCCGACAUUGUCUUCAUCAUCAGGGACAAACCGCAUCCUCAGUUCAAGAGAGAGGGUAGUGACAUCAGGUACACGUGCAAACUCAGUUUGAAGCAGGCACUGUGCGGCACGGUGAUCGAGGUACCAACACUCGUCGGCGAGAAGAUCUCGCUUAAUCUGACGAGGGAGAUCGUCAAGCCCACCACAGUGAAGAGGAUUCAGGGCCACGGUUUGCCAUUCCCCAAGGAGCCGUCGAGGAAGGGAGACCUACUCGUGUCCUUCGACAUCAAGUUCCCGGAGACGCUAACGCAAAGCGCCAAGGACAUUCUCUACGAUACGCUGCCGAAUUGAGCGGUCGACGACUGCGAAGCCACAGGAGCGCACGAGCAUUAUUAAUAAUAAAUAAUAAGCAAGAAGCAAGCACACGACGAGGGCGAAUUCGACAACGCUCAUCGCCCGCACACGUACAGCAUACAAGGGUCGUGUGAUUUUCCUCGUUAUGCGUAGCGAAUCGUUUUAAUUGCCACAGAGCUGCAGCGAUCGUGAAGUUGUCGUUGUUGUCGUCGCCGCCGCUCGACAAGACUUUAAUUAAAGACUCGUGUUUACAUCCUAGUGUGUAAAGAAUCAUUUUUCUUAUAGUAUAGCUAGUUGUAAUGUUUUGUUGCCGAGGCGCUGAACGUGCGCCCCGCGCGGACAUUUACUUUUCGUAUAUAUUAUUAUUAUUAUAUUCUGAUUAUAAUGAUUGAAUUCUCACGUGAGCGUCCAUACCGAUUCUGUACUUUUAUUCGAGUGAUUGUGAUGACGAAUUGCAUCCCAGGUAGAAUUUUGUUAUAUUUUUCUUCAUCGCCCUUUGUACAGUAAAUCCUAUGACCUCCGGUAUGAUGUGUUAUUAUUAUGGCAGAGGCGCCAAAAUUUAGGAGAGUGACUGACGUACAUAUUUUAGAGUGCUAAGUUAGGCGUACUCAUUCGAGGUUCAACGUGAGACAUUGUAAAUGGAACGCGAGUGUGAGUGAGUGUGUUUGAGCGCGCGAAAAUCAGAGUAUCCGGUGUGAAAAUUUUUGUCAACGAAUGAGUGCAGGAUGUGCUCUGCGAGCACUAUUGCGAAUGAAUGCGAAAUCACUUGUGCGUUUGUUUAUUUGUUUGUUUUUUGCGUCGCAUUCAUUAUCUACUACUACGUUGUAUGUCACAUGACAAGACAGUGGGAAAAGGUCACGGAUUCUCCGGACGCCUUCACUUAAGUCAGCUAGUCAUUAAAAAUCUCUUCUAUACGUAAAAAUAACUCUUUUCAUUUCGAAAUUCGCCUUUUCGAACGCGCAUUGACUGACUAGAGGAAAAGAAAUCUAAAGUUGAAGAUUUUGUACGAAAAUAUACUCUUAUAUUGUAUAUACGCACUUUUGCCAGUGUCCGGAGAGUCAGUGACCCUUUUUCACGGGAUCGUCAGUGUAUAUAUAGUAAAAAGCCGAUAAAAGGCUGAUUACUACAACACUAUCGUCAAAAGAGGCAAGCCGUUUAUAAACAAUUGCCAAUACACGUUUCUCCUUUUGCGCAUGAUGGAACUCUGUUGUAAAAAGAAAAGUUCGAUUAGAACGCCAGAGUCGUUUAUUAAUUUGUAAUACGCAUAAACUAUUAAGAAUGAACGAAAUAAGACGCAUUAAAUUAUUUGACAUUCUAUACACAAAAA